AUGGCGGCGGCUACCAAAACCUUCUUCACGCCUGUUCCUUCUCCCGGCGCCGAAACCCUAAUUCCCCCAACCCUCAAAUCCCCGAAUCUCCACUACAUCCCACAUUCUUCGGCCAAGCGCCUGCCUUCUCUGACCAUCAGAGCUUCCGCCGCCGCAGUUCCCUCCCCAUCCGACGGCGCAUCGCAUCCCAAGUCCCCCGAGCAGUUCAGGGUCGAGAUCCUCUCCGAAUCCCUCCCCUACAUCCAGCGAUUCAGGGGCAAAACAAUUGUCGUCAAGUACGGCGGCGCCGCCAUGAAAGACCCGAAGCUGAAGGCCUCCGUCGUCAGCGACCUCGUCCUCCUCUCCUGCGUCGGCCUCCGCCCCAUCCUCGUCCACGGCGGCGGGCCCGAGAUCAACCGCUGGCUCAAGCAGCUCAACAUCGAGCCCCUCUUCCACGAAGGGCUCCGCGUCACCGACGCCGAGACGAUGGAGAUCGUCUCCAUGGUCCUCAUCGGGAAGUCGUACAACAUCAACGCCGACACGGUGGCCGGCGAGCUAGCGGCCUCACUAGGGGCUGAGAAGCUGAUCCUGCUCACCGAUGUGGCGGGGAUACUGGAGGAUCGGGAUGAUCCGAACAGCUUGGUGAAGGAGACGGACAUUGAAGGGGUGAAGAAGCUGAUUGCGGAGAAGAAGGUCGCCGGAGGGAUGAUCCCCAAGGUGAAUUGCUGCUUGAGGGCGAUAGAACAGGGAGUGAGGACAGCGAGCAUCAUCGACGGCCGAGUUCAGCACUCGCUACUUCACGAGAUCAUGUCGGAAGAAGGGCUUGGCACCAUGAUCACUGCCUAA